AUGCUCCGCUUGCUCGGCAGAGUCAUGUCAUUCUCGCCUAUGCCGCCACCGCCGCCGCCUCCGCCACCUCCCACCCGAAUCCAGGGGGGUCCCGCCGCUCGCCAGCUAUCCCGGAGACCCUGCGCGCCGCCCGUGCCCUCGCCGGCCGCCGCCGCCGCCGCGGGCGAGAAGAAGAGGAGGCCGCCCGAGAUGCUGCUCUCCAGCUCCUGGCCCUCCACCACCCUGAAGAGGCCCCCGGCACGGCGCGGUCCUGGCCUGGGUCCGGGCACCCCGCAGCCGCCUACCUCCGCACGCGUCCCGUCCCAGCCCUCUCCGGGCCGUGGGGGAACCUCGGCCACGUGCUCUGCUCCCCGGCGGGUCGCCUGCAGCCACAUCCCAGCGGCAUCCACCGCCUCGGGGACCUCUGCGGGGGCGGGGGCGGGGGCUGGGCCCGACGACGCCACGCGCUUCUCCUUGAGCCUCACCCCAGAAGCCAUCCUGGUCAUCCAGAGGCGCCACCUGGAGAAGCAGUUGCUGGCGCGACCCCGCAGGCCCUUCACUGCACCCUCGGCCGACCCGCGGCGCCCCCUGGUCCCCUGUCCCAGGACCAGGUCUUCGACCCUGCGGAGGGGCGGUCCCACCAGUGUCCCCGACGCGCCUCUGGCGGUGGCUGUCAGCAGCCGCCCUCCCCGUGCCUCGCUGCUGCCAGGAGGUCUGCAGGCCACUAUGCCCAGCCCGCACCCCUCCAGCCUGCGCCCAAUGCUUAAGGUGUCGCUGCUCAAUGAGAAGCACAAGUACGAUGAUGAGGAGUAUGAGGAGGAGGUGGAAGUGGUGGACGAGGGCCUCGUGCGCAAGUGCACCGAGUGGCUGCGUGGGGUGGAGUCGGCGGCAGCUGCGAGGGGCCGCACAGGGCAUCUGGACUCCCUGCCGCACCUGAGCACGCUGUGAGUUAGGUGGGCCUGUGGGACCCAGCCUGGCUUGAGGCCCACGGCCGCCUCCAGCGCUCCUUGCACACCUGGGCUCUUGUGAACCAGGUAGGCCAGCAAGGGACAGAACUAUUGCCUGGAACCUUCCCCAGGUGUGCUUAUUCAUGAGUGACCCACAGCCUUUUCUAACGCCCACCACCCACCUCCUGUGCAAUUAGGUCAGCGUGAGACACAGCAGACUCGC